AUGCAUACAUAUGAUAUUACCACAGAAAUAUUAACUCCAAGGUUCUUGGAAGCAUGUAGAAGAGAAGGAUUUCAUGAAAAUGAAUUAAUAAAAAAAUCAAAAGCUCAAGUUACAUAGAUUGUAAAAUCAAAAGAUGCUUCUCUUACUGAUGAAUUUAUAUGUGAAAUUGAAAAACAUUUGGAAGAUAAAAGAAAAGAAAAGAUUGAUUUGGUUAGAGCAUAAAGAUAGAAAAUACUAUAAGAAAAUGGAACAAGAAGUAAAAGCACACAUAAUUAAUCCUAAUUAAAUUUUAGUUCAAUAAGUUAUGCAGAAAAAUAAUCAAAAUUAUUAGAAAAUAUUAAAAGAAGACAACAAAUAGAAAUUGAUAAAAUGAUUGAGUAGGAAUAACUUAAAGAAUAAUAAGAAAAGGAUAUGCAAAUAAAAAUGUUUAAAUAGCAAUAAAAAGAGUAACAGUUUUAAGAAGAAUUAAAAAGGAAAAGAGAAUAUAAUGAAAUAAAAAAAUAAUAAUUGGAAAUGGAAAAGUUGAAGAAAGAGUAAAGAGAGAAAUAGAUAUAAGACUAAAAGAUAAAAGAAAAUGAACUUAAAGAAUAAAAAAGAAAAUAAAGAGAAAUUGAAAAUCUAUAAAGAGCAAAAUUAGAGGCAGAGUUUAAAGAGAAAGAUAGAAAAUAAAAGUAAGAUUCAAUUUUAAGAGAAUAAGAAUUAUUUUAAUUAGAAUAAUAAAAAUUAUAGGAAUCAAAAUAAAAACAAAUAGAAGAUAAGGAAAGAAAAAGAUUGUAAAUAAUUGAAUUCAAGAAUGAAGAGAGAAAGAAAUUUGCAGAUAUGGAGAGAAAGGAAUUUGAAUAAAAAUUAGAGAAAGUAAGAAAAUAUAAUGAAGAAAUAAUGGAAAGAAAAAGACAAGAUUAUUUAAAAAAAGAGGCUUAAGUAGAAGCAAAAAAAAAAGAUUUUGAAUAAUUCUUAGAUUAUGUGAAAUAGUAAAAGUAAAAAUAAAAUGUGGAUAAGUAAUAGCAAAUAAAUAAGAUUAUGGUAAAAAAUAGUAUAAUUUUAAGUAAAUAAAUUUCACUAAAGAAGAAGAGAAGAGAAAAAAAUAUGAGAUUAAGUAAUAAGAAUACUUUAAAAAAAAGGAAUUGAUGGAUGAGUUUUAAAGAUAAUAAAUGGAAGAAAAGAUCAAAAAAUAUGAGGAGAAGGAAAAAAAAAUAAAACUAAUAUUAUUUAAUAAUGAAUUUAUGUAAGAAUAAUAGAGAAAUGAGUUAUAAUAAAAAUUGAAUAGAACUUAAGAGAAGUUGGGCAAUUUGAAUAGUAAAAAAGAUUUUGAAAAUAAGUACAGGUAGAAGUAUAUAGAAUAAGACUAGAACUACUUAAUAAAUAAUAAAAGAAAUAGAUACUGAAGAUAAUCUCAGAAGAAUGGAAUAAUUGAAUGGAUAUAAAAGAGGGAAAUUAGAAUAGAAAAUGACAAAGGAUGAAGAGAAAUGUUAAUAGAUGAGAAAGGAUAGAGAAUAGAUUAGUAAAUAGGCAGAUUAAAUAAGAAAGGAAGCUGAAGAAAAAAGAAAAUUGUUUAUGUUGGAUUAUGAAAAAAGAAAGAGAAUGUAAUCUGAUGGAUUUAGAAAGAUGAAUUCAUCAAUGGGAUAAUGA